AUGGCAGCCCUGCCCACGGGAGUUGAGGAGCAGGGAGGCUGGGUGGAGUGUUUACAUCCCGUGUGGGAGCCGGGUGGCCGCCGACAAGUCCUCAGUGAAUUGCCAGGCGUCCCAACGAGCAGCGGGGUUUGCAGCGAGCAGGACCCGGUCGCCAGCAGUGGUGGCUGCAACUUUCCAGAACACAAGAAGCCAGAGCUAAACACACGCGCUUUCCACGUGGGCGCCUUCGGGGAGCUGGUGCGUGACCGGCUGCGUGGGCAGGGGGAUUUGUCCCUGAAGGAGCCUCGGGCAACCGGCAUCCGAGCUGCCUGGGCAAGGAGGGGUCGCCGGGGCUGGGACGAUGCCGCGGUGGCACGGGAUCUGGGCUGCGAUCUGGAGGCAGGGACCGAGCUGAAGGCAGUUUGGGGCCUUGGUAAACUGCAGUGCUGUGAGGACCAGGACCCAGAAGUCAUCCCAGAGGAUACCGACCUAGUGACCUUGGGGGUUAGAAAGAAGCUUUUGGAGCGUCGGGAAGAAACAUUAACCAUAGAUCGGGCCUGCAGGCAAGAAAUACUUGCUUAUGAGAUGGACUCACACGCCAUAGGAAAAAAGCCUGAAAAUCCAGCAGACAUGAUUGAAGAGGGGGAACUUAUCCUGUCUGUGAAUGUCUUAUACCCUGUUACAUUUCAUAAGCACCAAGAACACAAACCAUACCAGACGAUGCUGGUACUGGGCAGUCAGAAGCUCACGGAACUAAGGGAUCCAAUUUGCUGUGUCAGUGACCUCCAGAUUGGUGGGGGAUUCAGCAACACUCCUGACCAGGCCUCUGAGCACAGCAGCAAAGACCUAUACAAAUCAGCCUUCUUUUAUUUUGAAGGAACAUUUUGUAACGAUAGAAGAUACCCUGAAUGCAGAGAUCUGAGCAGAACUAUCAUUGAGUGGUCAGAGUCCCAUGACAGAGGCUAUAGAAAGUUUCAGACUGCUAAAAUGGAAGAUUUCACCUUCAAUGACUUACAUAUUAAACUGGGUUUUCCCUAUUUAUACUGUCACCAGGGAGACUGUGAGCAUGUUGUUGUCAUUACUGACAUAAGGCUUGUGCAUCGAGAUGACUGCUUGGGUAGAAUACUUUGUCCCCUUCUUACCAAGCAUUGGCUAUGGACCAGAAAAUGUUUUGUUUCUAAAAUGUACACAGCCAGAUGGGUGACCAACGAUGACAGUUUUGCACCAGAUGAUCCAUGUUUCUUUUCUGAUGCUUGCUUCCGAAUGCUUCACUAUGACUCAGAAGGCAACAAACUGGGGGAAUUUCUUGCUCAUCCUUAUGUUGCUCCUGGAACCUUUAAUUAA